CAAAAAUAAUAUUGAAAUCAUAAAGAUGUAUGUGGAAGAAUGCAGACCUCUUAAGAGGUCUAAACUAGGUAUACCUGAUGUAUAUCCUCAGGAAGUACGCCAAAGAGAAGAUGAGCUAACCAUUCAGACAGUGAACAGUGGCCUCCGUAUGGCACCAGCUCACAGCUAUGAGAAUGGUUCUUCUCGUCAAGACAUUCAACACUUAAGAUCUGCUGAUUUCAUAUCAAGGCUGAAUCAGAUCGUUGAUACAAAGAAGAGGACGGCAUGGGGACAGGACAGUCAGAAGAAAAGAAUGAAUCUCUCCAGAGAUACAUUCUGGCCGGUCCCAGUUGGGAGGAGCAAAAAAGAGCAGGCUGCUCUAUGGUUUCAAGGUCUGGCGGGAAAUGAGACUCUUGAACAGCUGGUCAAGAGAAAGGUUCCAAUAUUUAAUAAGAGAGAAGACAUAUUUGAUGUCUUGUUUGAGAAAGACGUUCCAGUUUCAAGAGCAGUCUGGUACAUUAAAAUGACAGCAGCCUAUUCUUCAUUAGGAGCUGAAAUGAAACUGUCAGCAAAGAAGAAACAAGCAACUGAUCCAUCAUUUGAAUGGACCGUUGCACUGACAAAGUUCAUGCAAGAAACAGUUUGGAGGAUAUCAAACGACUCGUCACAUCGCCAUGACAGUAUAUCUAGCAAUAAGCAAAACAGUUUUACUGAAGAGACAGUUCAGGAAUUAUCAAGAUGGAAGUAUAUCAGUGAACUAUCAUCAUGGCUAUACCAGGAGAACCUUUUGGAGCGUCACGAGUUCCUUCGUUGGCUUAUUGAGAGGAUCGAGACCUCAAAACCUGACGAGAAAUCCCUAGUACUAUAUCUCCCGUUAGCACUAAAGUAUCUCAAUGACAUCAGUAGAUGCGUGUACUUAGCUCGUCCACUCAUUCAGUUUUGUUGUCAGAAGUUUUCUUCUUCUUACGAGAUUUAUCAAAAGUUCCUCUCCUCGUCUGCUGCUACUGCCAAGCCCAAUAAAGACUCCACCCUUGAAUCCAUGGAAACCAAUGAAGAUGACGAUGUAUUCAACAUAGCCACGCCCUCCGCUGGAAUCAAAAUAAAACAAGAGAAAAGAGAAGGAGAUGAGCCUCCAGUUCGUCAUGUCGCUGGUCGCAAGAGAAGCAAGUCCGGCUCUCUCACAGUUACGAUAGAGGACUCUGCAAUAAAUCCUCCAACAGCUAGCACCACCAACCAGUCCACAAUCGGAGGGAUGUCCAGCAGCUGCAAACACCACUCGUCCCUUCUCCUUCAAUUGAGUUGCAUCAUUCAAAUAAUUGCGAUACAUUGUCCGACUGCGUUUAUCAAUGCUAGUCUCACUGGCGGGGUGGGAGGAGGUGGAGGAGGAGGAGGGGUGGGGAGUAAAGGGUUGAGGGAUAGUUCUGGGGGUGGGUCAAAGGUCAGUACUCCUCUGGAUAGACUGCCUAUGCCACUCUCUGAGAUGCCACUGCCUAAGCGAGUGUCUGAACUAGGAAAGAAAUUUGAGUCAGCACUGGUAGUAGCUGAGAAUGAGAUAAGACAAAGGACUCGUGCUGCUGAGACCGGCUGGUCUAGUAUGGCCAUAGCAGAUCUACAGACAUCUAAUAUAAGCCAAAUUGUACAGCAGAUACUAAAAGUAUUAAAAGAAUUGGACAAGCAUUCAUUCACUACGACCAAGUCACACUCGACUCUCUCCACACUUUACGUUAAAAUAAUUCAAAUACAAAAGCCUAAUGAGUUUUCUCUUCAGUUCAAAGAUGCUCUCUGCAUGUUGCUCUGCCAGUGGGCAGUCACACCUCAUCGCCACGGUUAUCACCGUCCUCUUGUCGCUGCUCGCCUUUUAAAGAGGAUACAGCUAGACAUAGCAACUGGGCUGGUCACAACUGACCUCAACAUGUUAGAUGAUUACUGGGAAACUCCUGAUAAUCCUCAAGGAACAGCCACUGGUAACAGUGACAUGGGGUCAUAUCCUUUUCAACAGACCUUGUUUAAGUUUUUAAGUACACAUGCUCCAUUACCAGAUAGUUUAUACUUUCCUCUGAAAGACAACGAGCCAUUUAAACACCUCAUUACACUGUUCUCUGAGCUGAUUGACCUAAAGGUCUUCUCCUAUACGCUCUACCUCUCCACUCUCAUUGCUCGUGGGGACACCACUUUACCCAUCAUCCCGUCCCUCCCGUUCUUUCGAGGCGAAGGUAACAACCCUCCCCCCUCUCCUGCCCUCUCUGAGCCGGGAGAACUAAGCCUCGCCAUUCCUCUCUCUCUUCUACCUAAUUACGACAGAAACAGUGUCAAGAAGUUUGACGGAGGACAGCAGAAGAGGUCGAUGAUGUUGGAUGUGAAACAAGAGGAGAGGACGAUAUCACCUUCACUGCCUCCAUCCUUUGAUCAUCAGGACAGCUUACUGGCUGGCCUCAGUCAUUAUGGCUCAUCUAGCUUUGGACACGAGAUGGCGAUAAAGAUGGAGGAGAAUCCAUCAUUAAGGCAAAUGAGAGCUGAUAAGUUGGAAAGGUUGGCUAUGCUUGAUGAGGAUCCACAAUUGGUUGAUUUUGGUUCCCAUCCUUCCUCUCCCAUUAAACCGGACGAUUUCAAUUUCUCUCUCAACUUCCUUCAAGCUUCUCCCGAUCAGUCACUCGAUGAGUCAUUGGCUCCUCCCACUGCCACCUCUCGUACUCCGGUUGGUCCUGCUCCAUCAACUAAACUAAACACAAAGGCUAAUAAGCUCCUCAUAUAUGCUGCAUAUUUCCCGGCUCAUUUACUUGACUCCAGUUCCCAGGUGCGUAACCAGCGUUCCGUUGUCCUGUGUGGCACCGGUCACCAGGGUAUCAGGGUCGAGGAGGAAGUUAAAAGACUUCAAGAGGAAGCGGAUACCCUCCUUAAAGAACUCUUCUCUAAAGCCUCUCCGGUUUUACCAGACGACGUAAACAAGUUUCUAGACGAGUUUAAGCUUCUUCCUGCUUUUGAGCAGAACUGCAUUGGAGUGAGUGCCUCUCAGUUCAUACUAGGACAAACUAGCGGAGGAGUCUCACAUCAUUUCCCGUCUUGUUCCCAGCUGGUGUUUGUUACAGAGAUGCUGAGGAUCUGUGGCUCGUACAGUCAACUGAUACAACUGAUUGUUGAGAUACUUACGUAUGAAGAGGAAAAGAAAGAAGGACAGAGGUCACAGAGCAUGUACGUGGCUCUACCCCAGUCACUCUCACUUGUAAUCGUUGAUCUUUUGUGGUUAUAUUAUCCGAUUUUAUUGUUAUCCCUACACGAUACACUCGUUGUCUAUGAGAGGUUGUAUCGUCUUAUUGAAGGAUUGUUGAAGCAAACAAAGUUUUCAGCGGUGCAAAAGAAAGUUUUCCUUUUCUUGAAACACCUUCAAACUCAGUGCUACUAUCUUGAGAGGACGUAUCCGGUUCUUCCUAAUUUUUUCAAUAAUUAUUGCGUUCCUUGUGUUGAAGAUCUACCAUAUACUCCAAGUAGCAUGUUACCCAAUUUAUUGAAGAAUUGCAUGGAUAAUUCUGUUUUUAUUGGAGCCAGACCAGGAGAUAGUGAACAGGCUCUUAGCAGUGUUGUGAAUUAUUCGACAAGCAAAAGCUCAUUCUUCAUUGUCUGUGAAAUAUUUGCCAUUGUUCUACAAAGACAGACAUCACUACUAACUCUUACAACACUGGCUCACAUUAGUUCAGAACUAUCAAUAUUCAUAGAUCUGCUUCCCAAGGAGCUCCUAGGAGCAGUGAGAGCACUCUGUAUACCUAAUGCAAUAUAUAAAGCCUGUGCCACUGGUUACUCUCAACUGGCACAAAAAUCCAAUGUUCUGUCUACUCCUGGUAUGCAUAAGAAUUUUGUGACAUUUAUUGGUCUACUCCUUGCCUUCAACUGCUUUACCAUUCACGACAUUAUAACUUACAUCAUAAAACCAAUGUUUAAAGUCUACCUACUCCAUCCACAGCAAUCAUCUCAAGCUAAUCAAGGGACCCUCUCUCUUCAGUUUGUAAGUCUCUUACUGCGCCAUAUACUAGUUGAUAAGUACAUACGAGGAGAAGUGAAUGACGAUGGGGUCAAUAUAGUCUACCCUCCCUUUGUUUCUCAUUAUCUACUCGCUAAAAGCAAAGAGCUAAGCUUUGAUGUGGUCCUCAAUCUUUUGAAGGAGCUUUUGAAGCUUUCCAAGGACACUCUGAGGUCAUCCAGAGGCACCACAUGGGGAGGGAAGACUGGGAUGUCCAUUUUGGUGGAAUCUUUUCCUUCCGGGAGCCAAGGAAACGAGGCUGCCUUGAUUAAGCUAAGAGAGACAAUGGAGUUGAUAGCAGAGCAGGAUUGGGUUAGGGAGCAGUGCAGCAAGCAGGACUCAAAGCAGCUACUCCAUGUUGAGAAACUUGGUGAUGCCAGCCUCUCACCAGCUCAGGCUCAGUAUUUGCUUCAUUUACUCAUUCCUUAUUGCCCAGAAGACACUGUGAAGAGGAUCAAUGAAUCCAGUGGCUCCCUCCCUCCUUUCAUGACUCAUCCUGAACAAACCGUUGACAGGAUUUUAAAAAAUUUAGAUCAGUGGACGCUCCACAAUGCUUUGCUUCAUCUUAAUUUGAACAUUAAUUCAUCACUGCACCUUCACAGCAUUGAUCAUUUAUCUCAGAGUGUCAUUCAAGUAUUUGAAGACUCUUGUACUGAAGAAUGGACUGAAGACUCCUCUUCACAAGUUGACGGAGCCUAUUGUCCUAGUAUAUGGUUAGUGACUCCAUUGGUGAGCGAACUCCCUAAGAGUGUACUGGGUAAGAUACUAAAGAGUGCUGGUAAUGUCCUUGGUAAGGGACAGUGGUGGAAUCUUGAUAGACAGCAAGAAAGACGGAGAUCAACAAGAGCCUCUAUUACUCCUACUACUCCUAAUCCCAAGACUGGUUUACAAUGGCAGCAGCCGUUCCUUGAGUUAGUGUUGGCAUGCAUGAAUUCCAAUCACAGCAACCAUGAGGAGCUACUGGGUCCAUUGCAGAAACAGCUCACUACCUUUCUAACUGCCUUUGAAAAGGAUAGCUUUCCAGCAGAUGAACAGAAUAAGUCAAUGCUUUAUACUGCAUUGAAACUAAGGCUUGGUUUGGUUGGCUCAAUGUUGCCCUCAGUCUGUUCAGUGUGUGAGUCCAAUGUACUGGAUUGGGUAUCAUUACUGAUUCCACUGAUAUGCUCUGGAGCUGUUGAUAGGCAGCCAGAUAACAGUGAAUUAUUCACUAAUUGUUUGGAUAUGUUAAGUGCCCUAUUACAAGCUCUUAGUCCUGAUUUUCACAUGUGUGUGUUCAGUGGAGGAGAAGAAGGAAAGAAGUCAUAUAUUAUGUGCAUUAAGAAAAUGAAGUCAGAUCUGGCUUCUUCUAAAUCAACCUGCAAGCAGGAGAUCCAGCAGUUAUUCCCUCUUCCUCAGAAACUAUAUGAAGUGACAGUUGUAAAGCCACCCUCUGCUUUCUCUCAACAGUUUAGAAUUCCAGAGAAAGUUCAGGGUUUAAGAGUACAAGAAGUUAAAGAGAUAUCUCCGUGGGAGAUCAUUGAAGGCAUCAAAAACUCUGGUCCUUUCCAACUCUCAUGGUUUGGUGCCACGCGUAUCAAACGAAAACCGCUGAAAUACCUCGAGCAAGAGAAACAGAUCCAGCACCACACGCACCAACACUUCUUGAGUAACAGUGGGCACCUACUAGGAGGGUCUGGUCCUUCAACUAGCAGACACAGUGUAUUCCUACCUGACAGUAAUGAUAGUACUAAUGGAGCUAUAGGAGGAGGAGGAGGAGGAGGAGGAGUAUCUAGUGAUAGUGGAGAUAAUGCUAUACCACCAGGUGCUGCUAGUACUGCUGGCGGCACUAGAGCGAGUGUAGGAGGAACAGGAGAAGGGAGCGGAUUAGAUAACAAGGCAGAGAUCCUAUUACAAAUAAAUAAAAUGAAUCGAGAACAGCAGCCAUCUUUAACGACUCAGCCCGGCCCUCUCCCGCCUACUUUCCACACCACUGGACAAGUCGGUGUCUCUAAUACUCCACACCAGCUGACUCAACAGCAACCAAUGCAGAGACAGAUACCUCAUGGCAUGAUGCAGCAACACUCGGCAGCCCAAAUGAUGAGGCCACCUCCUCAUUUCUUGCAGAGACAGCUAGAGUACAUGACACCCGAACAACGCAAUCAUUUCAUGUCCCUCCCCAACGAAGAGAAGAGGGUGUAUUUGAGUAAUCUCCAGCGUACUUUCAGAGAGAGGAGGAUGCUGGAGCAGCAACAGCAACAGCAGCAGCAGCAGCAGUUAAUGUUUAGACACCCUAUGCACCCACGCCCAAUGCAAGUGGCACCUCCUAUGCAGAUGACUCAAGUGUUGCAGCAGAGGAUGAUGCCUCGUUACGGUCCCCAGCAUAUGGGGCCACCUCAGAUGCAUCACUCUGGUGGGUACAUGAUGCCUGGACACCACCCGGCCAUGUUCCGCCAGCCUCCCCCUGGCCCAAUGUACACGAUGCAUCGGCCACCUAUGCAUCAUAACCUACCACCUCAUCACCAAUAAAUUUUGUCAUUAUUAUUAUUAUUGAUUUAAAAAUUUAAUGUAAAUUAUUACACAAAUAACGCAGUCAAUAGACUAUCUUUAGCUGUC